UAAUUUCAGCUUUGACUCCUUCACCAUUCUUCAUACUACAAUGGCAUCCGUUGAGGUUGAAUCAGUUCCGGUGGCAGAGAUCGUUGCUCCGGCUGAGGCAGCGGUGAAAGUGGAGGAGUCUCCUGCAGAGAUGGUGGCGGUGGCGGAAGAAGUAGCUGCUGAAGCCGAGCCUGAGAAAGAAGCCGCAGCAGUGGAGGAGCCAACCGUUGAAGCCGCUCCUGUCGCUGCUGAAGAGGCUGCGCCAGCUGAAGUCGCCGAGGAGAAGGCUGCUUCAGCUGAAGCCGAGCCUGAGCUGAAAGAAGCCGCGGCGGUGGAGGAGCCAGCUGUUGAAGUUGCUCCUAUCACCGCUGAAGAGGCUGCUCCAGCUGAAGUCGCCGAGGAGAAGGCUGCUUCAGCUGAAGCAGAGCCUGAGCUGAAAGAAGCUGCGGCGGUGGAGGAGCCAGCUGUUGAAGCUGCUCCUGUCACCGCUGAAGUCGCUGGGGAGAAGACUGCUUCAGCUGAAGCAGAGCCUGAACUGAAAGAAGUCGCGGCGGUGGAGGAGCUAGCUGUUGAAGCUGCACCUGUCACCGCUGAAGAGGCUGCUCCAGCUGAAGUCGCUGAGGAGAAGGCUGCUUCAGCUGAAGCAGAGCCUGAGCUGAAAGAAGCCGCGGCGGUGGAGGAGCCAACUGUUGAAGCUGCUCCUGUCACCGCUGAAGAGGCUGCUCCAGCUAAAGUCGACGAGGAGAAGGCUGCUUCAGCUGAAGCAGAGCCUGAGUUGAAAGAAGCCGCGACAGUGGAGGAGCCCGCUGUUGAAGCUGCUCCUGUCACCGCUGAAGAGGCUGCUCCAGCUGAAGUCGUCGAGGAGAAGGUUGCUUCAGCUGAAGCAGAGCCUGAGCUGAAAGAAGCCGCGGCAGUGGAGGAGCCCGCUGUUGAAGCUGCUCCUGUCACCGCUGAAGAGGCUGCUCCAGCUGAAGUCGCCGAGGAGAAGACUGCUUCAGCUGAAGCAGAGCCUGAGCUGAAAGAAGCCGCGGCGGUGGAGGAGCCAGCUGUUGAAGCUGCUACUGUCACCGCUGAAGAGGCUGCUCCAGCUGAAGUCGCCGAGGAGAAGGCUGCUUCAGCUGAAGUAGAGCCUGAGCUGAAAGAAGCCGCGGCGGUGGAGGAGCCAGCUGUUGAAGCUGCUACUGUCACCGCUGAAGAGGCUGCUCCAUCUGAAGUCGCCGAGGAGAAGGCUGCUAAGGAGGAGGAGGCUGCUCUAGCAUAA